GGGGCGCCCGGGAGAGAACCCAGCUUGCUUGGGUCUUGGGGGAAGGCGGUGGUGGCUCUGGAGAAGGAAGAGGAGUGGGGCCGGAGGAGGCAGCGGCGGCGAACCGGCCAGGGUGAUGGUACAGGUGCCAGGGCCCGGCGCGGAGCUGCCGCGCUGAAGGACGACGGGUCCCGAGUCCGCAGCGCCGCCGCGUCGCUCCCGGGGACGGGCGAGCGGGCGGGAAGAUGCUGAGCAGGUUGAUGAGCGGCAGCAGCAGGAGUCUGGAGCGCGAGUACAGCUGCACCGUGCGGCUGCUGGACGACAGCGAGUACACCUGCACCAUCCAGAGAGAUGCCAAAGGCCAGUACCUGUUUGACCUCCUUUGCCACCACCUGAACCUGCUUGAAAAAGACUACUUUGGGAUUCGUUUUGUGGACCCAGAUAAGCAGCGGCAUUGGUUGGAGUUUACAAAGUCAGUGGUGAAGCAAUUGAGAUCCCAGCCUCCCUUCACCAUGUGCUUCCGGGUGAAGUUCUACCCUGCAGACCCUGCUGCUCUGAAGGAAGAGAUAACCAGGUACUUAGUCUUCCUGCAGAUCAAAAGGGAUCUCUACCAUGGCCGUCUCCUCUGUAAGACAUCGGAUGCCGCCUUGUUAGCAGCCUAUAUCCUUCAAGCGGAGAUUGGGGAUUACGACCCAGGAAAGCACCCUGAGGGCUACAGCUCCAAGUUCCAGUUUUUCCCAAAGCAUUCAGAGAAACUGGAAAAGAAAAUUGCUGAGAUUCACAAAACUGAACUCAGUGGUCAAACACCAGCAACAUCAGAGCUGAAUUUCUUGAGAAAGGCACAGACAUUAGAGACCUACGGAGUGGACCCUCACCCAUGUAAGGAUGUGUCGGGAAAUGCUGCGUUUCUGGCCUUCACUCCUUUCGGGUUUGUUGUUCUUCAAGGAAACAAGAGGGUCCACUUCAUUAAGUGGAAUGAGGUGACCAAACUGAAAUUUGAAGGAAAGACUUUCUAUUUAUAUGUAAGUCAGAAAGAGGAAAAGAAAAUUAUUCUCACGUAUUUUGCUCCAACUCCAGAAGCCUGCAAGCACCUCUGGAAAUGUGGAAUUGAAAAUCAAGCCUUCUACAAGCUGGAGAAGUCAAGCCAAGUUCGUACAGUGUCCAGCAGCAACCUGUUCUUCAAAGGGAGCCGGUUCCGAUACAGUGGCCGGGUUGCAAAGGAAGUCAUGGAGUCAAGUGCCAAGAUCAAACGGGAGCCACCAGAAAUACACAGAGCAGGGAUGGUUCCCAGCCGCAGCUGCCCCUCCAUAACCCACGGCCCACGGCUGAGCAGUGUCCCCAGGACACGAAGAAGAGCUGUUCACAUCUCCAUCAUGGAAGGCCUGGAGUCCCUACGAGACAGUGCCCAUUCCACGCCAGUGCGGUCCUCUUCCCAUGGGGACACCUUCUUGCCUCACGUGAGGAGCAGCCGGGCAGACAGCAAUGAGCGUGUAGCUGUGAUUGCAGACGAGGCCUACAGCCCUGCAGACAGCGUGCUACCCACCCCUGUAGCUGAGCACAGCCUGGAGCUGAUGCUGCUAUCCCGGCAGAUCAACGGAGCCACGUGCAGCAUUGAGGAGGAGAAGGAGUCUGAGGCCAGCACCCCAACUGCAGCAGAGGUGGAGGCCCUUGGAGGAGAGCUGAGGGCCCUGUGUCAGGGGCACGGCGGGCCAGAGCAAGAACAGAGUGGGCAUCUGAAGGGACCGCCGCUACAGCAGCAGCAGCAGCAGGGGUGGGGUAAGUCUGUCCCCUUAGACUAGAGCCUAGUGGACAUCACUUAGUUUUAUUUCAUCAUUGUUUUUUUUCCUGAAGAACCUCAAGACUCUUGUAGCGCUUCUGGGUGUUAAAUGAAGUCAUUGGCAGCAGCAUGCGCCGCUGGAAAUGCCCCGCGGUGUAGUUACCAGAGACCUGUGCUAAGCCGCCUGAGCGCCCAUAGGGCAGAGAGCGGUACUUGUUUUGUACAGUGUGCCCUUCCAAAAAAGGACUAUUUCAAGCUCUAUUUUAACAGCAAAAUGUUAUUUUCUUAUCUAUUCGUAUUUUUUUUAACUUUAUGGAUUAAGAAAAUAGAACCUGAUGACCUUUAGAUGCGAGAGAAACAGAUCUGAGGAAAACAUCGAGCGCGAGCAGCAACCUUGGAAGGGCCGGGAGACACUCUGAACAGAAUCAAGUGAUGCCUACAAGAGACAGGAUUUGACCAUGGCAGAGAUCAACACUUACUGUAGAAAUGCCAUCCAUAGAGUCAGCCUCCGCUCCUGGAAAUAAGGCCACAGAGAAUACUUGGAGGGCGUCACUCACAGCAGCACAGGACCACACUAAGGUGAGGAGUCCUCAGGCCUCUGCACUUAAAAACAACCACACACACGAUCUUGUUUGCAUCUCAGGGAGAGAUUGCUAAGGCAUCCGGGGCCCAAGGACUUAUUUAAAGGACUGCCAAGGGGCACAGUCCUGGGACCCGGACAAGAACGGAGCUAAACAGCCCCCAAAGCAGAGCCGAUUGGACUCUAGUACAUUUGAGCUCCUCGUGUUUUCACCUGUGGUGGUAAACCCAUACCCAUGUUCAGCCAGUGGUUUGGAGGAUGCCGGGGUGUGUAUGUAAUUUUAAAGAUGCCAUCCUUAUCUAGAUGUCAGCAAACCUCUUUAAUAGAGUUUUGGUUUGUGGACCAUACUCUGCCACCCUAGCAACCUCUGAUAUUGUAUGCAUAAAGAAGUGUAAUUCUGAGGAUGGAGCUCACUGGGUAGAGUACAUGCCUAGCAUUCGCUGCGUCCUGUGUGGGGGCAUAUACCUGUGAUCCCAGCAUUCAAGUGCAGACAGGAGGAUCAGAAGUUCAGGGUCACACCAGUUACAUCAUAGUUCAAGGCCAGUCUGGGAUUCAUGAAACCCUGUCUCAGACUGCCAGUCUCCCACUUCCCAAACAACAACAAACAAAACAAAAUAAAACAGCAAUAUGCUGAAAUUGGCCCACAGCCAUAAGAUUGCAGACCCUGACCUACACAAUACAACCACCACACGUUAGGGCCAGCUUUGAUUCCUGUCUCAUGUAAGACCUAGAACCAUUUCCCCAUGGGGGCUUUGCCGGGUGCUCCACCAACCAGCAGUGACGUCACAUCUGAUGCAAUGAUCAAGUACUGCCUCUCGGAACAGCAGUGACUCUCAGAACGGACAGAGACCUAUCUGAUCAUUUCCAUACCAGCAAGAGUUUGGGUAAAACCUAAUACAUACUUACCACGUGACAAGACAAACCGAGGGGAUCCUAGUAAAGACUAGAGAUUGCUUCAAAGCAACGAGCCACUGCCAUCUGUCAACUUCAGAGCAAAGAUCUACUUAGCACAGGACUCAGGUCAAAGUCCCCUAGAGAUACAUGCAAAGGCUGCUGGGAAACAGGGCUGGUGUGAACUGGGAUUUCUAUUUUUAUGCAACAUAGCAGAUUGCCUUCUAGUGUAGUGCUCCUACCUCAGUUUGUAGAACACAGCGUCUAUGCAGUGAGUGGUAGCCUCGCCUCUGACCCUUCACAGCCACGCGAGGGAGGCAGCCUGCCAUUGCCUGGUGUGUUUCUUGUGUCUAGAGCCCUAACAGUGGUCCUUGCCAUUUCCGACAUCUGAUCAACCUUCAGGUUGUUUUUGUUCCCCAAGGCUUAUCCCAGAAAAUAAGGACAGAAAAGGCUUCCUUCGAUUUGGUUCCCAAAUAGUUUUCAAUAGUUCAACAACAAAGCCCCGUUAUUGGUGACUAGCGCUUUUCAGUAUUUCCCCGUCAUUAAAAAGUUCUGUUUUCAGUCUGGUUUUGCUGUGUUCUGUCUCUUAUUUUUCUCUCAGAAUUAGUUGAUCUGAUCUCACUGUAGACAAACAGACUUGCAUAGCACCGUCGAUCAGAGGCAACGCCUCCUGAACAGUGCGCUGCACCUUUAAGCAGUAGAGGGUAAACUACCUACAAAUGUGAAUUUCUUAGUUUCCUUUAAAAUAUAUAGUUGUUAACCUUUCGUGUGCCAAAAUCUCUCGAGUUACGUUUUCCUUCAAAGCAAUGUACUUUUUUCUACAUAUGCAGUAUGUAGUUAGCAUAAAAUCAUUGGUGCCAUGAAGAUUAUUUUUAAACUUAAAUAAAUAUUUAAAUACCAUAAAA